AUGGAUAACGAGAUCAAUUUCUUGGAUGACAUCGCUCUACUUUUCGGAAGUACCAAUGAGGCAGAAACGAUGCUCAAAGAAUUGAACGAAGCAGGGAAGAGAAUAGGGCAGUUUGAAGGCUCUCAAAUCGGGGAAACUUCGUCAUACGUAUACUUCAGACGUCCUAUGAAUAUGGAAAACCAUUUGAAGAAAGAACUGAAUGGAAGGAUGAAACCAGCGUGGGCAGCAUUCGCAUCCGUCAAGGAAGGAAGGGACCCACUGACGGACCAAGAUCUCCGUGCCCAUCUUUUCGACUUCUCGGUUCUCCCAGCGCUCUGUUACGAAGCGCAGAAUUGGACAGACACUGCAGCCACAUCCAUGAAGCUACUCAAGACCCACAGAACCCUUGAGUGUUGUCUUCUGAAGUUUUUCCAGUGA